GGAUAACAUGCGCAGAAACGGCUCUGUAAUAAACCCGGAAACUGGCAAACUACAUAUAAAAUGUUUGAAUACGUGCAUUUGUUUGCUGUUAUUGUACCAGCGUGGGUGACCAUUCUGAGAACAUUGGAUGCUUCUAAAGUUACAUAAAUAUAUAUCUGUGUUCUGAUAUGGUAUGUUCUGAAAUGAGGUCUCUUCUUGUCGCGUUAGUGAUCUUAUUCCAUAUAGGUUUUAAAUACACAGCAGACGAAUUCCUAACUGACAUUGGAACACAACUUUCGUCAUUCACGUACCUUUUCAGAUCAGGUACGUAUGGUUGAUGGGGAAAUGACCAACAAAACGAGUGAAGAAUAUAUAAACAAUGAUGCUACAAUAGACUUCAUGGAUUAUGCACUUAUGUAUGGAGGUGUAAAGAAACAUAGAUGGAUAAUACAGUUUCCUGUGCACCGUUUUGUGAGGAUCGCCUUUACAAACGUUUCAAUGAUGUUGAGUGAGGAUUGUAGCGACUCACUACUCAUUAGUAAAGAAAUCAAUAGUAAGAAAGGACGACAAAUAGAUCACCGUUUCAAUGGACGCCAAUUUGUUGUUGAAACGAGCGAGAACAGGGUAUACCUAACCUUUGUCCCUUGUCCUUUGCCAGAGAUAGACAUGCUUAUUGGGUUCAGCGCAGUUAUUACAAGUGAAGUCGUUCCUGCUUGCCUUACGGUGAACAUGGAUAAGCCUUGGGGAGAUGGUAGGAAAGAGAGUUGUAACAAGCCAGAGAUGAUCCUAACAUCGAUGUCUAUAUUGAAUCUACCAUUUGUGGGAGUACAAGAAAAGUGGGAGAUACGUGCCGGUGAUCAUCACAGCAUUCAGUUGAACUUCAUUGAUUUCUAUGUAAUAUGUCCUGAAGAUCCAGAAGACAAAGUGUCGAAGUUUGUUGUGGUUGAUUAUCCACCUGAUUGUGAGAGAGAGUAUUGCAGUUCCUUUGGUCCACUAGACGUUAUCAGAUCAGAAACUUCAACAGUUAUGAUAAAGUUUCGGCAAAGGCGGUCAAAAAAGAAAGGGAUGGUUAGGACAGAAGGAUUUCGUCUCCACUAUUCAUCUGUUAACCAUUCUUUAGAAAAUAUCACCAGCACGCGAAAUCCAGAAUUAGAUGAAGCUUGUUCAGAAACAUUUGGAAGAUGUUACAGAAUAUUUCAUCAAUCUAAACCAAAGAAUUGGAAGAAAGCAAAAGAAACUUGUGAGAAGCAUAAUCUGUUGCUUGUAUCUGUGAAAUCGAGAUACGAAAUGCAGUAUAUCAACUAUUUAUUACGGAACUCGAGAUACAAAACUAAGGCCAGAUUGAAAGGAGAUCCCUUGGCACACAUUGGUCUGAGACGUAGCGGAAACCAAGGGAAGAAGACAUACGUGUGGGAGAAUGAUUCCCCUGUGUUCUAUUCGGCGUGGGAAUAUGGGUAUCCUUUGGAAGGUGAAGACUGCACCGCAACAAACUUCGAACGUUUUGUUGACGAUACAUGGAAAUCUUUGCAUUGUUCUACAGCAAAGGCGUCCUAUUUUGUGUGUAUGUCACAAAUAAAAAACAAUGGAGUUUCUACUAGUAUGAAUGAAAAAGACUUCUGUGAGGACGCUAUUUGGAAGAAUUAUUUACGCAUCAAUGUCACAUAUUCUGGAGCAUUCUGUGAAAGUUCUGGCGCACAUAAAGCAAAGGAGAAGGUUUCCGAAAAAAUGUCACAUGGGCCGAAAACUCAAACAGAAUAUUUCAAUUACUGCCAGGACACAUAUUCGUCAGGAAUAUUCGAGUGUUAUACCAAACACAAUAAAAAAGAACCUUGUUUCUUACAACUCACUUCGCCACAAGAACAAGCUGAUGGCAGAUACCGGGCCAUUGAUAGCCGUACAUUUCAGUGUGAGGAUGGUGAAGAAAUACUAUGGUUUAACAAAUGUGACGGAUCGUUUGACUGUUUAGAUUUUUCGGACGAAACUUUGUGCUUCAAUACUUUGAGAAAUCACCCUCUUGUACAUGAAGAAGAUGCAAUUCAAAGAAAUGAUUUACCUGAGCGCCUGGAUAAUACAUCAUAUUACCGUUGUAGAAACAUGGAGUGGAUAUCAAUAUUGGCUAGAUGCGAUGGUAUAAUUGACUGUGUCGAUGCAUCUGAUGAGAUAGAUUGUCCUGGAAAGGAUGAUUGUAGUGAAACUGAGUUUUCAUGCGGAGAUGGCAAUUGCAUUAAUGUCGGUCAAGUAUGUGACUUCUUUUCCGACUGUUCCGAUUCUAGAGACGAGUUUUGUGAAUUUGGACAAUGUGAUGAAGAUGAAGAACAUACAUGUGACAAUUUGCAGUGUAUAUCACUAGACAAGAGAUGCAACGCCCACACAGACUGUAUUGAUGGAAGCGACGAAAGGGAAUGCGACCAGUGUAUAAAUUCAUUCCUCUGCGAUGGUAAUAAAUGCAUCCCAGAUCGACUUGUUGGCGACAAAGUGAAUGAUUGCGAAGACGGUAGCGAUGAAAUUGGUAAAGAUUCUUCUUGUGACAAGUUGCGAGAACUCGGAUAUAAUUCUGAAAAUAACUCUGUAGGUAACUACCAUGCCUCCUGUGACUUUUCAUCAGUUAACUUCACAGCCGGUGAAACCCAAAUACAGUUCAACAUGGAUAUAAGUAUAAAUGACAGACCUAUAACUAUAUUUGUAAAAACGAAUGAUAGAUCUUCAUAUGAGUUGACGUCGACGAGUUUUCAGAAUAUUCUAAGUGCUGAAUAUGACUGCGAAUUUAAGAUACGCAGCACGUGCAAGUUACCUAUUGAAGCUUCACUUAGUUUGCUUCAGUAUAACAGUAGUGAUGUUUUACAUAAUUAUUGUCGCUGUCUGGACUGGACAUAUAGAUACUCUCCAGAGCUGCUUACAUAUGAAUUGUAUAACAGUGAAACAUGCGAUGGAAACAACAACACAAUGUCAUAUUUAGAUGAUCCGUUGCAACAAAUGAGGCGUGGGAUAGAGACAGAAAAAAUGCCAAAUGUGAUUACACCUGGGACACUCACGUGCACUCUUGAUUGCAGCAGUAAUGUGACAGAAAAUACUAUUUAUUGUGAAAAAGAAAAGAACCGCGUGCCAGGUUCUCUUCUAUGUGUAUAUGACAUUGAUGAAUAUGGAUACAUGAAAGGAUGCCGGUCUGGCAGUCAUUUGCAAAAUUGUGGUUCAUUUGUAUGUCCGAAAAACACAGUAAAAUGUCCGGGCAGUUACUGUAUUCUACGGCGAUUUAUUUGUGAUGAGACUAAACAUUGUCCUGGAGGCGAGGACGAGCAAAACUGCACCUGUUCUGACUCUAGCAAAGAAAUCGUUAUACUUAUUGAGGAUACGAGAAACCAAACUGGUAGGGUGAGCAAACUCGCAGCGGUAAACUUGGCAGAACAGUUAUAUACCCCUGGCAGCAUUAUUCGGAUGUUGUACUACAAAACAAAAACUCCUUUAAAGAAGUUUCCUUUAAAGCACAAACUUAUGAAAAUCAAAGAAGAACGUAUAUUUUCACUCCAAGGAAAGAAACACAGAGCAUCUGUCUGCAAAUAUAACUCAAUGGCAAGAAAUUUACUUCAAAGCCUGAGAUUUUCAGAUCGAAAGUUGAUCGGCUUUGUCUUCAUUGAAGACAGUGUAGAUUCAUCUUCCGUUGCGGAACUCAUGUUUUCAAAUGUUUCCCAGUCUACAUUUGUUAUAUAUCGUGUUCUGAAAAGUGAAGAGUCUAAGGGCCGCGAAAGUUACCGGUUUGUGAAGGACAUUCACAUAGCAAAAUGGGAAGCAUUAUUUUCGAUUGGGUAUAGGCGGUUUCCUGAAAUAUGUGAAGAAGCAUCUACCGUACCGUGUUCUGGAGGGUAUAGAUGUUCGACAAGUAAACAGUGCAUACCUGUAGAACAGGUUUGUGACGGAACAGCUCAUUGUACAAGUGGAGAUGACGAACGGCUGUGUGGCUAUACUUGUCUUCAUAAUUGUACUUGUAAUAGUUAUUCUGUUAACUGUCGUGCAGCUAACCUUGUACACACCGACGCUAUGGAUAUGUCAACAAAAACUAGAAGUGCGGAUCUCAGCAUGAAUCCUGACUUAAAGGAUAUAUUAACUUCAGAAAAUCUUCGUUUUCCGUUCAUGAUCAGAUUAAAUCUGUCAGCCUGUCAAAUUGGACGUAUCGAUAACAAGGCUUUCAGUUCUUUGUACAACCUUGUAUCAUUAGAUAUUGGGUAUAAUGAAAUAACAAAAAUAACAGGUAAUGUAUUCCAAGAUUUGAUACAUCUUCGCGAUCUCAAUCUGAACGGCAACAUAUACUUACGGAAGAUAUUUCCGACAGCGUUCCGUACACUUAAACGCCUUAAAAAUUUACAAAUAGUUGGAACAAGUUUAAAACGAAUUUCCGCCUACACCUUUUCUGACCUAAACAUGAAAACAAUCGAUAUUUCAAACAACGGAAUUGAAGAGAUAGAAGAUUAUGCUUUUAAUAAUACAUCAGUACAGAAAAUAAACAUGGAAGGGAAUAGAAUUUUAACUUUUCAUAAGCUUAUAUUUUACGGUGUUGAAUCACUGCAAGAACUUCGUACACCUGCAUACAAAUUUUGCUGUGUACGCCCAUGCUACGUCAAUGAAAGUGAGUGUUACCCAAAACAGAAUGAAUUUUCCUCGUGUGGAGACCUAAUAAGACACCCAGCUCUUCAGGCGACUUUGUGGCUUGUAGGAAUAUUCGCAUUGGUCGGAAAUUUAGGAGCGAUUGUAUAUCGUUUAGUUUAUGACAGAGAACGACUCAAGAUAGGUUAUGGUAUAUUUGUUACGAACUUGGCUGGUGCCGACUUUCUUAUGGGAGUUUACCUGAUUAUAAUAGCCGUGGUGGAUUCGUUAUAUCGUCAGGAUUAUAUAUCCAACGAUGAGCAGUGGAGAAAUAGUUAUUGGUGUGUGAGCGCAGGAGUUUUGUCAACAGUAUCAUCCGAAGCGAGUGUUCUCUUUGUUUGCCUAAUAACACUAGACAGGCUGCUAGUCAUUAAGUACCCGUUUGGUAACGUUAGACUGGGACCGAAGAAAGCAUACGUCUGCUGUGUUGUCUCAUGGACUGUCGCCUGUGCUUUGGCUUUGGUUCCUGUCAUAUUUACCGACUAUUUCAAGAACAAAUUCUACUCUAGAACUGGUGUAUGCAUUGCACUUCCUUUGACGAGAGAUAAACCGCCUGGCUGGAUGUAUUCUGUCAUUAUUUUUGUUGGCUUGAAUUUCUGUACAUUCGUACUUGUGGCUGUUGGUCAAUUAUCCAUAUUCAUGGAGCUACGAAAAGCAAACAGUAGUAUAAGAAAAACGCAGAGGGCAAGGAGAACGGAUUUGAAAGUAGCAAGGAAUCUCAUUCUCGUUGCAACAACUGAUUUCUUGUGUUGGUUUCCAAUAGGAGUAAUGGGACUUAUGGCACUGGGUGGACAUCCUAUUCCUGGCGAUGUUUACGCAUGGACAGCAAUCUUCAUUUUACCUCUCAACUCGGCAUUGAAUCCUGUUUUGUACACACUCACUGCAAUAAUUGGAAAACAAGAAUUCAGUCCAAGUACAGACGAACAGGACAGAACUGACAUAAAAAUGCACAUUGGUACAGAACUUCUGCGAUUUGAGGAUUUAAGCCGAACUAUCAGGAAGAAAAGGAACAUUGCAUCUACUGCUACUGUAGAAGUUCGGAGCAUACAUGAUAUUCUCCAAGAUGGUUGUAUUCCUGUAUCAACCGCUGCUGCAAUAGGCUUACAACUUUCAAAGUAUCUCUGUCUACUUCACGAAGCUUCAAUCACCGUAGACCAUGUGUCGGAAAACAACACUUACGUAGAGGUUAAGAAGAAAAAUAAACAGAUGGUCAGUUUAAUUCUGGACUGGAAGUCGUCACUUACUGGCGAUGAAAAGAAGAUGCAGGACAACAUGCAUCAAUUUGGAACGCUUCUUCGACGGCUCAUUGGAAAUAGGAGAUAAAUAUUAUCACAUAUGAAGUUGCAACUUAAAAUUCAUUUUAUUAAUACGUUCCAGUGUUUGUGUGUCAUGUCAGACAUUCUCUUUAGAUAGUUCUAUAUUUUUGAAAAACGGCAUUGAUGGCGUAACUUCAUUUAUUAGUAAAAUAUAGAAUAAAGCCCGGAUCCGGCAUAUAGAAAAGUAAAUCAAACUACGAAUAAACGGCAGCCUUUGCGUUAACUGAAAAAAAAAAAAAAAAAUUCUGUCUAUCUAAAGAUUAAGUGCAUUUCAGAUAACUGUUACUGUUGUUGCCUAUCUUUUACUCGGGGUUAAAUAUGGAGUUUAAUAGUUGCGGACAGUGCCGGACUAUUCAAGUUAAUCGAAGCAGGAAAUAAACUUUGAACCUAGUUUAUAUCUAUUGGAAAGGCAGAUUUAAUGAAAACUGAGGUAAGAAAACGGGGAAAUAAUGAAAAUGCUGUAUAUGUUUUUUUUUCUGUUUCUUUUCUUGCAAGAUGUUCGCAUUUUAUAGUGAUAAUUUAUAUCUACAUUGUUAAUAUAUAUGUAGGAAAUCAUAUUUAACGAUAUAGGCUAUCAAAAUAUGUAAAAGAAAAGCAAUUUGUUAAAACAUUUUAUGUAGUUAUGUUGUGUAAAGAUCAGUCUAAAUCCGAGUAUUUUAUCUAAAUAACUCAGAAAAAAUCACGGAUACUCGUGAUGUUUUGUGUUUUCGUUCUGUUGUGUGUGAUACACUAAAAAGAAAAAAAAAUGUCCGCUGAAAAAAAGUUAUGAAUGAUUAAAAAUGUGCAUUUUUGUUACAACUGUGGACGCAGUGGUCGAGAGGCCUAAGACGCUUUCCUACGGAGGUGAAGGCCCCUGGUUCGAAUCAUGGCUACUCCCAUUGUGUCCUUGGGCAAGGCAUUUUAUCACGAUUGCCUCAGUCGACCCAGCUGUAAAUGGGUACCAGCAAAUUGCUGGGGGUAAGGUAUAAUUGGUUUUAACUGUUCUUAAAAUAGGGUCGCUCAAAAGCUCUACAGAGCUUAUGUUAAUUGUUUCACAAAGCGACGGUAAAUAAAAUUUACCUUUACAUUUUUUACCUUUGCCUUUAUUGUUGGUAUAUUAUACGAGAUUUUUUUUAGGAAACAGAACCUAAAAAUAAAUCUUGUUUAUUUUGGAAUUUACGUAAUUAUUUGUAUAAGUUAUAUAAUACUAUGUGUACAGAAGGAAAAAUUUAAAAAAAAUUGUGAAUAAAUUUCAUUUAUCAUAA